AUGGUCAGUUUGUCAGAUGAACAAGUAGAUGGUGCUAUGGUCAGUCUGUCGGAUGAACCACAAGUAGAUGGUACCAAUGUCAGUCACACAGAUGAAACACACCUAGAGCAAACUAUGGUCAGUCAGUCAGAUGAACCACAAGUAGAUGGUACUAAUGUCAGUCACAUAGAUGAAACACACCUUGAGCAUACUAUGGUCAGUCAUUUGUCAGAUGAACAAGUAGAUGGUGCUAUGGUCAGUCUGUCGGAUGAACCACAAGAAGAUGGUACUAUGGUCAGUUUGUCAGAUGAACAACAAGUAGAUGGUACUAAUGUCAGUCACAUAGAUGAAACACACCUAGAGGAUGAACAACAAGUAGAUGGUACUAAUGUCAGUCACACAGAUGAAAUACACCUAGAGCAAACUAUGGUCAGUCAGUCAGAUGAACCACAAGUAGAUGGUACCAAUGUCAGUCACACAGAUGAAACACACCUAGAGCAAACUAUGGUCAGUCAGUCAGAUGAACCACAAGUAGAUGGUACCAAUGUCAGUCACACAGAUGAAACACACCUUGAGCAUACUAUGGUCAGUCAUUUGUCAGAUGAACCACAAGAAGUUGGUACUAUGGUCAGUUUGUCAGAUGAACAACAAGUAGAUGGUACUAAAGUCAGUCACAUAGAUGAAAUACACCUAGAGCAAACUAUGGUCAGUCAGUCAGAUGAACCACAAGUAGAUGGUACUAAUGUCAGUUACACAGAUGAAACACACCUAGAGCAAACUAUGUCAGAUGAAAUACACCUAGAGCAAACUAUGGUCAGUCAGUCAGAUGAACAACAAGUAGAUGGUACCAAUGUCAGUCACACAGAUGAAAUACACCUAGAGCAAACUAUGGUCAGUCAGUCAGAUGAACCACAAGUAGAUGGUACUAAAGUCAGUCACAUAGAUGAAACACACCUAGAGCAUACUAUGGUCAGUCAGUCAGAUGAACCACAAGUAGAUGAUGAACAACAAGUAGAUGAUACUAUGGUCAGUUUAUCAGAUGAACAAGUAGAUGGUACUAAAGUCAGUCACACAGAUGAACAACAAGUAGAUGGUACUAAAGUCAGUCACACAGAUGAACAACAAGUAGAUGGUACUAAAGUCAGUCACACAGAUGAACAACAAGUAGAUGGUACUAUGGUCAGUUUGUCAGAAGAACAAAAAGGAGAUGAUACUAUGGUCAGUUUAUCAGAUGAACAAGUAGAUGGUGCUAUGGUCAGUCUGUCGGAUGAACCACAAGAAGAUGGUACUAUGAUCAGUUUGUCCGAUGAACAACAAGUAGAUGGUACUAAUGUCAGACACAUAGAUGAAACACACCUAGAGGAUGAACAACAAGUAGAUGAUACUAUGGUCAGUUUAUCAGAUGAACAAGUAGAUGGUACUAAAGUCAGUCACACAGAUGAACAACAAGAAGAUGGUACUAAAGUCAGUCCCACAGAUGAACAACAAGUAGAUGGUACUAAAGUCAGUCACACAGAUGAACAACAAGUAGAUGAUGAACAACAAGUAGAUGAUACUAUGGUCAGUUUAUCAGAUGAACAAGUAGAUGGUGCUAUGGUCAGUCUGUCGGAUGAACCACAAGAAGAUGGUACUAUGAUCAGUUUGUCAGAUGAACAAAAGGUAAAUGGUACUAAUGUCAGUCACAUAGAUGAAACACACCUAGAGGAUGAACAACAAGUAGAUGGCACUAAAGUCAGUCACAUAGAUGAAACACACCUAGAGGGUACUAUGGUCAGUCAGUCAGAUGAACCACAAGAAAAUAGUACUAAUGUCAGUCACACAGAUGAAACACACCUAGAGCAAACUAUGUCAGAUGAACCACAAGUAAAUAGUACUAAUGUCAGUCACACAGAUGAAACACACCUAGAGCAAACUAUGGUCAGUCAGUCAGAUGAACCACAAGUAAAUAGUACUAAUGUCAGUCACACAGAUGAAACACACCUAGAGCAAACUAUGGUCAGUCAGUCAGAUGAACCACAAGUAAAUAGUACUAAUGUCAGUCACACAGAUGAAACACACCUAGAGCAAACUAUGGUCAGUCAGUCAGAUGAACCACAAGUAAAUAGUACUAAUGUCAGUCACACAGAUGAAACACACCUAGAGCAAACUAUGGUCAGUCAGUCAGAUGAACCACAAGUAAAUAGUACUAAUGUCAGUCACACAGAUGAAAUACACCUAGAGCAUACUAUGGUCAGUCAUUUGUCAGAUGAACAAGUAGAUGGUGCUAUGGUCAGUCUGUCGGAUGAACCACAAGUAGAUGGUACUAAUGUCAGUCACACAGAUGAAACACACCUAGAGGGUACUAUGGUCAGUCAGUCAGAUGAACAACAAGUAGAUGGUACCAAUGUCAGUCACACAGAUGAACAACAAGUAGAUGAUGAACAACAAGUAGAUGGUACUAAAGUCAGUCACAUAGAUGAAACACACCUAGAGGGUACUAUGGUCAGUCAGUCAGAUGAACCACAAGAAAAUAGUACUAAUGUCAGUCACACAGAUGAAACACACCUAGAGCAAACUAUGUCAGAUGAACCACAAGUAAAUAGUACUAAUGUCAGUCACACAGAUGAAACACACCUAGAGCAAACUAUGGUCAGUCAGUCAGAUGAACCACAAGUAAAUAGUACUAAUGUCAGUCACACAGAUGAAACACACCUAGAGCAAACUAUGGUCAGUCAGUCAGAUGAACCACAAGUAAAUAGUACUAAUGUCAGUCACACAGAUGAAACACACCUAGAGCAAACUAUGGUCAGUCAGUCAGAUGAACCACAAGUAAAUAGUACUAAUGUCAGUCACACAGAUGAAAUACACCUAGAGCAUACUAUGGUCAGUCAUUUGUCAGAUGAACAAGUAGAUGGUGCUAUGGUCAGUCUGUCGGAUGAACCACAAGUAGAUGGUACUAAUGUCAGUCACACAGAUGAAACACACCUAGAGGGUACUAUGGUCAGUCAGUCAGAUGAACAACAAGUAGAUGGUACCAAUGUCAGUCACACAGAUGAACAACAAGUAGAUGAUGGUGCUAUGGUCAUUCUGUCGGAUGAACCACAAGUAGAUGGUACUAAAGUCAGUCACACAGAUGAACAACAAGUAGAUGGUUCUAUGGUCAGUUUGUCAAAUGAACAACACGUAGAUGGUGCUAUGGUCAGUCUGUCGGAUGAACAACAAGUAGAUGGUACUAAUGUCAGUCACACAGAUGAAACACACCUAGAGGAUGAACAACAAGUAGAUGGUACCAAUGUCAGUCGCACAGAAGAAACACACCUAGAGCAUACUAUAGUCAGUCAGUCAGAUGAACCACAAGUAGAUGAUACUAUGGUCAGUUUGUCAGAUGAACAACAAGUAGAUGGUACUAAAGUCAGUCACACAGAUGAAACACACCUAGAGGGUACUAUGUCAGAUGCACAACAAGCAGAUCGUGCAAUGGUUAGUCAGUCAGAUGCACAACAAGCAGAUGGUGCUAUGGUCAGUCAGUCAGAUGCACAACAAGCAGAUCGUGCAAUGUCAGAUGCACAACAAGCAGAUCGUGCAAUGGUCAGUCGGUCAGAUGCACAACAAGCAGAUGGUGCUAUGGUCAGUCAGUCAGAUGCACAACAAGCAGAUCGUGCAAUGGUCAGUCAAUCAGAUGCACAACAAGCAGAUGGUGCUAUGGUCAGUCAGUCAGAUGCACAACAAGCAGAUCGUGCAAUGUCAGAUGCACAACAAGUAGAUCGUGCAAUGGUCAGUCAGUCAGAUGCACAACAAGCAGAUGGUGCUAUGGUCAGUCAUUCAGAUGCACAACAAGCAGAUGGUGCUAUGGUCAAUGGUGCUAUGGUCAUUCUGUCGGAUGAACCACAAGUAGAUGGUACUAAAGUCAGUCACACAGAUGAACAACAAGUAGAUGGUUCUAUGGUCAGUUUGUCAAAUGAACAACACGUAGAUGGUGCUAUGGUCAGUCUGUCGGAUGAACAACAAGUAGAUGGUACUAAUGUCAGUCACACAGAUGAAACACACCUAGAGGAUGAACAACAAGUAGAUGGUACCAAUGUCAGUCGCACAGAAGAAACACACCUAGAGCAUUCUAUAGUCAGUCAGUCAGAUGAACCACAAGUAGAUGAUACUAUGGUCAGUUUGUCAGAUGAACAACAAGUAGAUGGUACUAAAGUCAGUCACACAGAUGAAACACACCUAGAGGAGCAAACUAUGGUCAGUCAGUCAGAUGAACAACAAGUAGAUGGUACCAAUGUCAGUCACACAGAUGAAAUACACCUAGAGCAAACUAUGGUCAGUCAGUCAGAUGAACCACAAGUAGAUGGUACUAAAGUCAGUCACAUAGAUGAAACACACCUAGAGCAUACUAUGGUCAGUCAGUCAGAUGAACCACAAGUAGAUGAUGAACAACAAGUAGAUGAUACUAUGGUCAGUUUAUCAGAUGAACAAGUAGAUGGUACUAAAGUCAGUCACACAGAUGAACAACAAGUAGAUGGUACUAAAGUCAGUCACACAGAUGAACAACAAGUAGAUGGUACUAAAGUCAGUCACACAGAUGAACAACAAGUAGAUGGUACUAUGGUCAGUUUGUCAGAAGAACAAAAAGGAGAUGAUACUAUGGUCAGUUUAUCAGAUGAACAAGUAGAUGGUGCUAUGGUCAGUCUGUCGGAUGAACCACAAGAAGAUGGUACUAUGAUCAGUUUGUCCGAUGAACAACAAGUAGAUGGUACUAAUGUCAGACACAUAGAUGAAACACACCUAGAGGAUGAACAACAAGUAGAUGAUACUAUGGUCAGUUUAUCAGAUGAACAAGUAGAUGGUACUAAAGUCAGUCACACAGAUGAACAACAAGAAGAUGGUACUAAAGUCAGUCACACAGAUGAACAACAAGUAGAUGGUACUAAAGUCAGUCACACAGAUGAACAACAAGUAGAUGAUGAACAACAAGUAGAUGAUACUAUGGUCAGUUUAUCAGAUGAACAAGUAGAUGGUGCUAUGGUCAGUCUGUCGGAUGAACCACAAGAAGAUGGUACUAUGAUCAGUUUGUCAGAUGAACAAAAGGUAAAUGGUACUAAUGUCAGUCACAUAGAUGAAACACACCUAGAGGAUGAACAACAAGUAGAUGGCACUAAAGUCAGUCACAUAGAUGAAACACACCUAGAGGGUACUAUGGUCAGUCAGUCAGAUGAACCACAAGAAAAUAGUACUAAUGUCAGUCACACAGAUGAAACACACCUAGAGCAAACUAUGUCAGAUGAACCACAAGUAAAUAGUACUAAUGUCAGUCACACAGAUGAAACACACCUAGAGCAAACUAUGGUCAGUCAGUCAGAUGAACCACAAGUAAAUAGUACUAAUGUCAGUCACACAGAUGAAACACACCUAGAGCAAACUAUGGUCAGUCAGUCAGAUGAACCACAAGUAAAUAGUACUAAUGUCAGUCACACAGAUGAAACACACCUAGAGCAAACUAUGGUCAGUCAGUCAGAUGAACCACAAGUAAAUAGUACUAAUGUCAGUCACACAGAUGAAAUACACCUAGAGCAUACUAUGGUCAGUCAUUUGUCAGAUGAACAAGUAGAUGGUGCUAUGGUCAGUCUGUCGGAUGAACCACAAGUAGAUGGUACUAAUGUCAGUCACACAGAUGAAACACACCUAGAGGGUACUAUGGUCAGUCAGUCAGAUGAACAACAAGUAGAUGGUACCAAUGUCAGUCACACAGAUGAACAACAAGUAGAUGAUGAACAACAAGUAGAUGGUACUAAAGUCAGUCACAUAGAUGAAACACACCUAGAGGGUACUAUGGUCAGUCAGUCAGAUGAACCACAAGAAAAUAGUACUAAUGUCAGUCACACAGAUGAAACACACCUAGAGCAAACUAUGUCAGAUGAACCACAAGUAAAUAGUACUAAUGUCAGUCACACAGAUGAAACACACCUAGAGCAAACUAUGGUCAGUCAGUCAGAUGAACCACAAGUAAAUAGUACUAAUGUCAGUCACACAGAUGAAACACACCUAGAGCAAACUAUGGUCAGUCAGUCAGAUGAACCACAAGUAAAUAGUACUAAUGUCAGUCACACAGAUGAAACACACCUAGAGCAAACUAUGGUCAGUCAGUCAGAUGAACCACAAGUAAAUAGUACUAAUGUCAGUCACACAGAUGAAAUACACCUAGAGCAUACUAUGGUCAGUCAUUUGUCAGAUGAACAAGUAGAUGGUGCUAUGGUCAGUCUGUCGGAUGAACCACAAGUAGAUGGUACUAAUGUCAGUCACACAGAUGAAACACACCUAGAGGGUACUAUGGUCAGUCAGUCAGAUGAACAACAAGUAGAUGGUACCAAUGUCAGUCACACAGAUGAACAACAAGUAGAUGAUGGUGCUAUGGUCAUUCUGUCGGAUGAACCACAAGUAGAUGGUACUAAAGUCAGUCACACAGAUGAACAACAAGUAGAUGGUUCUAUGGUCAGUUUGUCAAAUGAACAACACGUAGAUGGUGCUAUGGUCAGUCUGUCGGAUGAACAACAAGUAGAUGGUACUAAUGUCAGUCACACAGAUGAAACACACCUAGAGGAUGAACAACAAGUAGAUGGUACCAAUGUCAGUCGCACAGAAGAAACACACCUAGAGCAUACUAUAGUCAGUCAGUCAGAUGAACCACAAGUAGAUGAUACUAUGGUCAGUUUGUCAGAUGAACAACAAGUAGAUGGUACUAAAGUCAGUCACACAGAUGAAACACACCUAGAGGGUACUAUGUCAGAUGCACAACAAGCAGAUCGUGCAAUGGUUAGUCAGUCAGAUGCACAACAAGCAGAUGGUGCUAUGGUCAGUCAGUCAGAUGCACAACAAGCAGAUCGUGCAAUGUCAGAUGCACAACAAGCAGAUCGUGCAAUGGUCAGUCGGUCAGAUGCACAACAAGCAGAUGGUGCUAUGGUCAGUCAGUCAGAUGCACAACAAGCAGAUCGUGCAAUGGUCAGUCAAUCAGAUGCACAACAAGCAGAUGGUGCUAUGGUCAGUCAGUCAGAUGCACAACAAGCAGAUCGUGCAAUGUCAGAUGCACAACAAGUAGAUCGUGCAAUGGUCAGUCAGUCAGAUGCACAACAAGCAGAUGGUGCUAUGGUCAGUCAUUCAGAUGCACAACAAGCAGAUGGUGCUAUGGUCAAUGGUGCUAUGGUCAUUCUGUCGGAUGAACCACAAGUAGAUGGUACUAAAGUCAGUCACACAGAUGAACAACAAGUAGAUGGUUCUAUGGUCAGUUUGUCAAAUGAACAACACGUAGAUGGUGCUAUGGUCAGUCUGUCGGAUGAACAACAAGUAGAUGGUACUAAUGUCAGUCACACAGAUGAAACACACCUAGAGGAUGAACAACAAGUAGAUGGUACCAAUGUCAGUCGCACAGAAGAAACACACCUAGAGCAUUCUAUAGUCAGUCAGUCAGAUGAACCACAAGUAGAUGAUACUAUGGUCAGUUUGUCAGAUGAACAACAAGUAGAUGGUACUAAAGUCAGUCACACAGAUGAAACACACCUAGAGGGUACUAUGUCAGAUGCACAACAAGCAGAUCGUGCAAUGGUCAGUCGGUCAGAUGCACAACAAGCAGAUGGUGCUAUGGUCAGUCAGUCAGAUGCACAACAAGCAGAUCGUGCAAUGGUCAGUCAAUCAGAUGCACAACAAGCAGAUGGUGCUAUGGUCAGUCAGUCAGAUGCACAACAAGCAGAUCGUGCAAUGUCAGAUGCACAACAAGCAGAUGGUGCUAUGGUCAGUCAAUCAGAUGCACAACAAGCAGAUCGGGCAAUGGUCAGUCAGUCAGAUGCACAACAAGCAGAUGGUUCUAUGGUCAGUCAGUCAGAUGCACAACAAGCAGAUCGUGCAAUGGUCAAUGAACAACAAGUAGAUGAUACUAUGGUCAGUUUAUCAGAUGAACAAGUAGAUGGUACUAAUGUCAGUCACAAAGAUGAAACACACCUAGAGGAUGGUGCUAUGGUCAUUCUGUCGGAUGAACCACAAGUAGAUGGUACUAAAGUCAGUCACACAGAUGAACAACAAGUAGAUGGUUCUAUGGUCAGUUUGUCAAAUGAACAACACGUAGAUGGUGCUAUGGUCAGUCUGUCGGAUGAACAACAAGUAGAUGGUACUAAUGUCAGUCACACAGAUGAAACACACCUAGAAGAUGAACAACAAGUAGAUGGUACCAAUGUCAGUCGCACAGAAGAAACACACCUAGAGCAUACUAUAGUCAGUCAGUCAGAUGAACCACAAGUAGAUGAUACUAUGGUCAGUUUGUCAGAUGAACAACAAGUAGAUGGUACUAAAGUCAGUCACACAGAUGAAACACACCUAGAGGGUACUAUGUCAGAUGCACAACAAGCAGAUCGUGCAAUGGUCAGUCAGUCAGAUGCACAACAAGAAGAUGGUGCUAUGGUCAGUCAUUCAGAUGCAAAACAAGCAGAUGGUGCUAUGGUCAGUCAGUCAGAUGCACAACAAGCAGAUCGUGCAAUGGUCAGUCAGUCAGAUGCACAACAAGCAGAUGGUGCUAUGGUCAGUCAUUCAGAUGCACAACAAGCAGAUGGUGCUAUGUCAGAUGCACAACAAGCAGAUGGUGCUAUGGUUAGUCAGUCAGAUGCACAACAAGCAGAUCGUGCAAUGGUCAGUCAGUCAGAUGCACAACAAGCAGAUCGUGCUAUGGUCAGUCAGUCAGAUGCACAACAAGCAGAUCGUGCAAUGUCAGAUGCACAACAAGCAGAUCGUGCUAUGGUCAGUCAGUCAGAUGCACAACAAGCAGAUCGUGCAAUGGUCAGUCAGUCAGAUGCACAACAAGCAGAUGGUGCAAUGGUCAGUCAGUCAGAUGCACAACAAGCAGAUCGUGCAAUGGUCAGUCAGUCAGAUGCACAACAAGCAGAUCGUGCAAUGGUCAGUCAGUCAGAUGCACAACAAGCAGAUCGUGCAAUGGUCAGUCAGUCAGAUGCACAACAAGCAGAUGGUGCUAUGGUCAGUCAUUCAGAUGCACAACAAGCAGAUGGUGCUAUGUCAGAUGCACAACAAGCAGAUCGUGCAAUGGUCAGUCAGUCAGAUGCACAACAAGCAGAUGGUGCAAUGGUCAGUCAGUCAGAUGCACAACAAGCAGAUCGUGCAAUGAUCUCCACAAGCAGAGAUCGGCAGAGAUAA